AUGAAGGUGCUAGCGACGAUCUUGUCGCUUCUUGCCUUCCUGCAAGUUUCCAACACUAGCAAGUCCUGCAGCAGUUGUCCCAGUCAUUACUUCUUGUGUGGUCAGAAAUGUGUUUGUGUUCCCAGGAGCUGGCUAUGUGAUGGUGAGGAGGACUGUGAGGAUGCCACAGAUGAACAGGACUGCAGUAAUCACAAGUGUCCUGAAACUGACUUCACCUGUGCCAAUGGCCAUUGUAUCCAGAUGAAGUGGGUGUGUGACAGAGAUGAUGACUGUGGAGAUCACUCAGAUGAAAUCAGCUGCCCUCAGCGUAACUGCUCUAGCGGAGAGUUGCACUGUAGAAAUGGUAAUUGUGUACCGAACGAGUGGAGAUGUGAUGGUGAUGAUGAUUGCGAGGACAGCACCGAUGAAGAAUGUCCCCUCCAAGAUUGCCAGCCAGGACAGUUCCGGUGUCCAGAUGGUUCAUGUAUUGCCCUCAUGUGGAAAUGUGAUGGGGAGAUUGACUGCAGUCAUGGUAGUGAUGAAACAGACUGUGGUCACAGACAGACUCUGUGUACCAAAGAUGAGUUCCACUGUAGUCGAACCUUCAAGUGUGUCCGGCGGGAGUUUCUUUGUGAUGAGGAAAAUGAUUGUGGAGACUGGGAGGAUGAAAUGGGAUGUGGCCACUGUGAGCAGGAAGAGUUCAGCUGUACCAGUGGUGUCUGUGUCAAGCACAGCUGGAGGUGUGAUGGAGAUUAUGACUGUGAUGAUCACUCUGAUGAAGCUAACUGCACCUUGCUGUUGUGUACACCUGAGCAGUUCCAGUGUGACAGUGGCUUCUGUUUGGACCAGAAGUUGAGAUGUGAUGGUAGGAAAGAUUGUGCUGAUGGUAGCGAUGAAAGAGGAUGUAAACGAAAGAAAUGCAAAACAGAUCAGUUUCGUUGUAAUGAUGGCAAGUGCCUAGGACUUCAUAAAAUCUGCAAUGGAAGGAAAGAAUGUCAGGAUGGUUCUGACGAAGUCAGCUGUGGGAAUUUUCUGGGAUCAUGUGCAGAAGAUAAUGGUCAUUGUCAACACAAUUGCAAAGCCACCCCACAUGGAGCUAGAUGCUGGUGCCAGUCUGGAUACCAACUUCAGGAAGACCAGAAAGCGUGUGCAG